GUUGUGAAAGACUUACACACAGUAAUUUCACACAUCCUACCACAGUUGAUGAUAUACCAGACAUGUACAUGUGAUCUGGUAACAGAUUGAUGAAAUGACACCAAAGAGGUACUGCAGUGCCACCAUUCAUUCGAUUUUCACGGAUUUAUUGGACAUUUGAUGUCGAUCAAACAUGGAGGAGGUGUCGCCAACUUCAAAGCAUCCUGUUGAUGCCAAACUUUCCAAGUUUGAACCAUCAACAGAACCCGCCCGAGAUUUUGUGACACUAACAAAGGGCCCCGAAAAAUCCAAGGAUCCUGAUGCACUGCCCAGAAAUUUGUGUUUACAGUCUGGCGCCCAGAAUCCAGAAACAUCGCCUUCGUCUAUUUCGUCUCUUUCUGAAACGGUUGCUUUGCCAAUUGAACCAACAACUGUAACAGCUGAACCCAAUGCUGAAGAUGCAACACAAACUGGCAGCUCCAGAAUGGAAGCCCCAGAGAGUGAUAUACAGAGUAUCAUCAAACUUAUUAAGAGAAAUAUGAAAGACACAAAAAGAGAAUUUGAGGAUCUUCAUAAAACACUCCUGCCAAAGGAAAGACAACUUCUGGUUAAAAAGGAAGAAACAGCAUUAGAAGUUGCAAAAUACUUUGCAGACAUUAAGAUUAAAGUUGGGAAGUAUCUUCUGGAACAGGAACAGAAGAUCCAACAAGAGCUUGAAGUUCUGACAGAGAGAGAAUCGCAACACCUACAACAAGAUGUUCUUAACUGUACAAACUUGAUGGAGAAAGUAGACGAAAAGGAGAUGGAAUUCUUAUCAUCUGCAUCUAUAAAUAGCGGAGACAACCCUAAUUCUGAGGUCAACUCUGACCUCCAUGAAGUUAAACGCACUAUAACUGAAUACUCUGACAUGUGUAGUCAGAUGAAGACCUAUGCGGACGAACAGUUUGAAAUGAGGUUUAUGAUCAACACGGAUCUGGAAGAUAUGUUAACUAAUUGUAAUUUGGUCAAUAUUGAACUCAUCACUGCAAGACACACAUUACAGAGUCGUCAGUCGGUAUCAUCGCAAGCAUCAUCUACAAGGCCUUCUACUUCUGAGGAACCAGAUGUUGCUUAUGCAGACGAUAGUGAAUCAGACGCCUCUGAUUCUGAAAGCUCAGAAUCCUCUGAAUCAGAAGAAUCAUCGUCUGAAUCAGAUGACGACGAUGACGAUGAGGAAAACAAUGCCACUACAGCUGAGCAAUCUCGUGCACCUGGUGCUCCUGCUGAUGUAUUGAGCCACCCGCCAUUGCGAAAUACAAACAGUGCACCCAUAAGUAGCACUGUAGCAGCUCCGGCAUACGAGGAAGAGCCCCCACCGCCAUAUCCAGGCCUACCACAGAAUCUGUCUGUGCCAAGAGUACCGGGAUACCCAAUCACUCCUGUCCACAGUCAGCAUACCCCGACUAUGUCUGGACGUGACUCAAGCAAUGUCAGUCCACCUUCCGUGACAGUCUAUCAACCUAGAGAAAACGUGCCAAUGCGUAGGUCAUCUGGUUCGAGUUUAGAAGGGAAGAAUGAUUCACAUUCCCGAGCCCUAGACGACCAACAAACUCCGCGUCAGGUGCAGCGCUACAGACGACGACAUUCGCCUGAUUCUAUUGGUUCAUCAGGAAGCUCUACAUCACUCCAGGAAGCUGGUUCUGAUCCCGCUACAGGGAACGUAGUAGCUGGUGGCAGGAGUCGGUUUUAUGCGGAGUUGAAUGAGCCGCACGGCAACACUGAACCAGUUCAUCCAGCCCUCCGCUUGCCAUCUACAGCCAACUCCAGUCCAUCUGCACCUCCCUUGCCUUCAAUGUCCCUCACUCCAUCUGGUGUCACAGAGAGACAAGCUGCCACAGCUAUGUUAUAUCCGCAAAUUAAUCAGCCGCAUGGUGUUGCAAGACGAUCUCCUGCCAUGGGUCGACGAUCUCCAAGACCGACUUCAGCACCAGUACAAGACACAGAUCACAGGCCAAGUCACCGCUUCAGGGAAAAGAAAUACACACCACCCUUCAGUCUCAAGUUUGUCGGUCGUUGUAACACAUCAAUAUCCGCUGACGAAAGACCACCUGGAUUGGUAGGCAUAUCCAACAUGGCAGAAUAUACUGUCGUAGUUGAUCGUUGGAAUUUCAAACUGAAACUAUUAAAGUGUAGAGCAGUGAAGAGCGUCUUGUUCUUUGGAACCUUUGAACCCUGGGAUGUUACUGGCCUGUCGGAUACCCGAUGUGCUGUGACUGUACCAAAAGCUUCCGAAAUUUGUAUCGCAUCCAGACAUGGCUCAAAACUUAAGCUGGAAAAAAGGAUAUCAACAGCUCGUGGAUAUUCCUGUAUCCAGUAUCACAAGCGCAAGGACUUAUUGAUCUGUGGAUGUUGUCCACAGUUUGGUAGACCACAUGUAGCCAUUGUAACUAUGGACGGGAAGGUUCUGAAAUCAUUUCACGACGAUGCCAAUAACACCGCCAUUUUCGCAUAUCCGCGAUCAAUCGGGAUUGUUGGCGAGGAUACCAUAGUGGUUGUUGAUAACAACAAGAACGCUGCCAUUUUCAUUAAAACGGAUGGAACGGUUUUGGAGGUCUACAAAGGUUUCCGUAACUCGUUUCUCGAUGACGCCCAGGGUGUGGCUGUUCAUCCUUUUCUGGGAUUUGUUCUGGUGUCAGAUGCCAAAAAGAACAGCCUCCAUGUUUUGUCAUCUCGUGGGCGUUACAGGGGUUGUAUUUCCGGUGGAACUGAAAUGUCCAAUCCACGCCGUCUCAUGGUUGUAGGUCUCAACAAUCCACAGUUGGUUGUCGCACACGGAAACGGAUAUGUUAGCCGGUUCGACUUGGUUUCAGAGUCAAGAGCGCAACACUAAACCGUCAACAGUUAGUAUGCAGCAGUAUACAGUUAUAUGUGUCUGGUGUCGGUGCAAUAUUGAUGACUCGGCGUUAUGAAGAUAAAACAUAAACAAAAUUAUCUUCAAACCGAAUAACUGCUUCUAUUUAAAAAAGAAAUAAUAGUGAUAGUAUCUGUCAAAGUAAAUCUGUGGCCAACUUAAACUAUUAAAGUACAAAUAGUAUUAACAAAAUGCGAAUCAGGUAAUAUAUUUUAUAUAAUACAAGAAUUUGUCCAAAGGUUGGCGACAUCAGAAAAGGUAACGCCUUCAGUUAUCGUUUCCUAAUGUAUUCUAGACCUUUUCCAUGGGUUUUUGGUCUUUACUACAUCUUUGCUACAUCUUAGGUCAUUUCACUGAUAUGUCAUAACUUGGAUAGUGUAACAUGACACCUUAGUCAGUCACAAAAUUCUGACAUCAGGCUAGUAUAGUGGCCAAUGAAAAUACUGCAGAAUGGAAAUGGAAAUUGUAAGAGAGAAUGAAAGAUAGAGGUUCCUGCAAGUGUUGGAAUGGGGACAGCAUUCCAUUCAUUAUGUCCACACACAUAAAAAGACACAAAAGAAAGUUCCGGUUCUCAUGGGGUAAUUGUUAUACCGUCUGGUCUUUUACAACAUACCCAAAUUCCCAGGGGUGAAUUAAACAUGAUCAAUGGUGGUUGGAUCAUUUGAUGGAAUAUGACAUUGUGUCAGUAAACCAGUGAUUCAAACACAAAGCGGCAGUGUUUUUAUAUUACAGAAUGUCACUUAAUUUGGUUUCUGUAAUAUCAAUCAAGGUAUCAUUGUAGAAACACGAACCCAGGUUAUCCUGUAGAUAAGGAGCCAAAAUAACUUUGCAUGCCUUUUUCCUCAAUCCAUAUACUCGAGCAAUUUACAUACGCAAUUUGCGUGUGUGGGAUAUUUUGUUAACAUUCAUAGCAAAUAGUGGCAAAUUAUGUAAUGUAUAAGAUAUGUAAAUAGAUAUAUUUCCUGUUGACAUUGUUGUAUUAUAUCCAUUUUUAUUUUCAGUAGGCAAGAUAAAGUUCAGUUAGGAACAAACACAACUUUAGAAUACAAAAAAUGAAAAAGCACUGCUUUAGAGUACCAAAGAAUAUUUACUGUAUGCUUGGAACUUUCAUCCAGUCUAAUUGUCAUUUUGCAUCGGUAAAUCCGUGGUCAGUAUUCGACCAGUGCUUCCUUCGCUCUUCAUAGGAAAUGAUGAGUUCAGUAAGUUUAUAGCCAUUGUGACAAAUGUUCCUCAUUAAUAACGGCAAAAUUAGACUAUAACGAACUCAUUAGAUUGUAACUCUGUAUGUUAUGUGCUAUGAAGUCUGUUUAAUAGAGUAGAUACAAAACCUAUUAGACAAAUUUUGUAUAGAAAUCAGUACACUAAACGUUAUAUAUUAUAAAGCCUUUCGAACAGAAUAAAUGCAGGCUCUGCAUUGUUCCCAAUCCUUGGUUACAAGAGCAAUUUGUGUAAAUGUACAACUGAUUGCCAAUACCGAUUUGUUUUUCGAAUUAGUUCGAGGUUCCACUGUUUAUACAUUUUCAUGUUGCAAAUGUAAAUCAUUAAUUUCUAAGUAUUAUACGUGUGACUUCAUGAUCAGAUUUCCAACACUGAUAUUUAAGUUAGUUAUUUAGAUGUGGUUUUAGGUUUCAACUUUACAAAAAGAUCUUACACACGAUAGAUGGUUUGUCUUAGUUUAUCGCUAAAGGUGACAAGUCUUUGAAUAAUUGGGCCGUGAUGUCUAUGUUUUUGUAGGAAUGGUAACCCUCAAUAACAAUUGUAUUUCUUUCCAUAAUAACAGAGUCUCGUUAAUAUUAAUUUAUGAUAAUACGAAAACUUUUGAAAACGCUGAUAUACUUUAUGGAUUUAUGACGUAACAAUUCUUGAAAAGGUUAAAAAAAAAAAAGGUGAUGAAGACUGAAGUCACAUGCUCUAAAAUCGAGUAAAAUGGAAACAUUUUGAAAACUUCAUUCUUAAAUAGAUGAACAAUCAUGUACUACUGUGAUAGUAAGCAUAUAAAUGGUCUUUAUGUUAUUUUGAUAUUAAAUCAUGAUCGAUGAAACAUGUUUGUGUCCAUGUGCGAAAUUUCUGUGAUAUGAAAACAAACAAUUAAUGGCAAAUAUGUAAAAAAAAAAUACAUAUCUUUUAUCUUGGUGUGUCAUCUUUGAUUGUUAUGAUGAUAUUGCAAUCUAAAACAUUGCAUAUUUAAUAAGAAAUCCAGAAUUGUUUAUAAGAUUUUUUUCUAAGAUGAAUAGAGUUUAUUUUUACCACUUUGUUUUCUCAUGUAUUUUUACUCACUUUUUGUGUAUUAUAAAUCCAAAUUGAUUUUGUUUUCAAUGAUUGUAUUUAAAAUUUAUUUUGCAUGCCAUUUCAAUGAGAGACAUGAACCUCUUUGUGACGCUUUCUGGUAAGACAGUGUCUUUUUAUUUUGAUAGCUGCUAUUUCAAUACAAACUGAAUUGCACAAACAUGACAAAGGUCAACAAUCCACAGUAUUAACAUUUUCUUUUACAGUCUAAAUUUACCGAAUAUCAGGCCAAAAUUGGUAUUACGUUCAAAAGAAAAUUUACCUCAGUAUUAAUUCAAGAAUUGAUAUUUGAUUAACAAAGUCCCAAUAUUUUUUAAACGCUUUUCAAAUAUUUUCUUAUGCAUGUUUCAAAUCUGGAAUCUUUAGUCUUAUUAAGACAUGAAUUUCAGAGAUAAUAGCGAAAAAAGAAUUAUCGCUCGUGAUUGCUUUGCUUAUAAAUAAAUUUACCAUAAACAACUAUAUGUUGAUAUUACUUACACACAUAUCAUACAGACAAGCUCACACCGACAGAUAUAUCAGUUUGUAUCACAAUGUAUUUUCAAAUAUUAACUAUUCGUUUGUUUAUGUCCCCUGUGACAACCACUCCAUUGUUCCUGGUCAGUAUUCUAUAAAAUCUACGUUUACUACGAUCAAUCAAGAUGACAGUUACGUACUCCGUGACCUAUGAUUAUUCAACAAUCUAUAUGGCAUUAAUAUUCGAGUUCAAUUAUUUUUUUAUACUGCAAAAUCGAUUUCCCCACAUUAUAUAAUUAGAUGUAAUAAUUUUGAUUUUAAUUUAUGUAUCUUUUACUUGAUAAAUUUCAAAAUAUUUACGCCGGGAACCAUUACAUUGCCUAUAACUAAGCUAUCAAUACUUUGUGUAGGCAUGUCACACAGUCUGCAUGAUCUUCUGAUAACAUUUGUUGAUUGAUUGAUAUAUGCACGCGGUAAUUAACAUUUUCAUUGGCUAUAUGAUGUACUUAGACCACCACGGAAUAAAUGAUAGCAUUUACAUUGAUCACAACAUGUAAUUUAUCACUGGGAAGUUGUACACAGCUACUAAAUACAUGGUUUUUUAAGACCAAUAAAAUAAUUCUGUUUAGGGUUACCUUAUUUAUCUAAACCAAUCUAUACUAACGACUCUAGAGAUUUCAUGUCAAUUUUUAAGCAAACACUGAUAACGUGGAGGUGUUCGUCAUUGAUACAACGUGUAAUUCAUUUGGGAAAAGACAUAAAUACCUUCCAACUUACAUUACAAUUUUGACCUAGCUAAAACCAUGAACAGUUUUUGUCUAACUUUAUUUUGUUUGGCCUAGAUAGAGAUUAUAUUAUUUUUAUACGUUAUGAAAUUAUAAUGGACAAAAUAUUACAUUCCAAUCAAUAUAUUUUAUAAAAGCGGUUAUUAUCAGGGUACUUGUUGGAUUAUUUUUAUGUUAAUAUAAAUUAUCAUAUGUAUACACUUAUUACAUGUGGCAUUACUAAGGCGUAAACACAUGUAUUAUUUAGUUUUAUAAUAACACUUAGUGCAUUUAUCAUACAUAUGUACAUAUAUGUUUAUAAUAGGAAUUUAUAU